CUCUCUACUUCUUCAGUCUCCUCCCCUCACUCCCUCCCUCACUCUCUCUCUCUCUCUCUUCCUUCCUCCACUCUCUGCAACUUUUUCUUGGUUUUGGGUGUUAAGGGUUUGAAGAUCUUAGUGUGUUUUCUGAGUUUUUAUCAUAAAAAAGGGUAAAUAUGUUGUUGGGGAAGAGACCUCGUCGUCCUUCGUUGAGAAGAACGACAAGCCUGACGGAAUUCACGCUGGAUCUAAGCGGUUUAGAAGAAAAUCCGGCUACCUCUGACGCCGGAGCAGGUCAGAACGUCAUGAAAGAGAGACAGAAAGCUGUCGUUCAAGAAGGGUCGGCGGCCAGAAAGAACCAACCGGGUUUUGGUGGUGGUUUUGAGCCAACAGAUGGGUUCGAUUACCGGCUCAUGGCUACUAUGUCGCCUAGAACAACCACUCGCAGGAAUUUGGGCGAUUUACUCGAAACCUCUCACUUCUUAAAAACUUGUAGCCUCUGCAAGCGUCGUCUCGUCCCUGGCCGUGAUAUCUACAUGUACAGAGGUGACACGGCUUUCUGCAGCCUAGAGUGUCGGCAGAAGCAAAUGAACAAAGACGAGACGAAGGAAGAGAAGUGUGCAGUGGCAUCGAAGAAGGAUGCACCAAAUACCGGCGGAUCGGAGUCUUCGCCCAAUAAAGGAGAGACGGUCGCCGCUGCAUAGACAAGGGUAGAGAGAGAAAGUCUUGUCUCAAUCCUCAAUCCUCAAUUCUGAAUUCAUGAAUUACUCUCUCUAUAUGAAGGAAGGAAUUAAGAUGCAAUGGAAAUGUGAAAGAGAGUUAUAUAUAUAUGAGAAGAUAGGGUACAAUUUUUUUUUGAAGAUGCAACUCUGGGCAAAGUUUUGAUAGUUUUGAUACUAGGAUUCUCAUCAUCUCAUGUGGGUCAGUUUCAAGCUUUUUCCAAUACAAAAGAAAGAAUCCUUGAUGCUAGUAGAUGGUGUUUGAAAGUCUGUACUUUCUUUCUGUUUGUUUCUUUGUUCAUGUUCUAUCAAUUAUGAAUAGAAGAGAAAAGCUAUCUCUGAGGACUGUAACUAGAGAUGUUUACAACAAAAGUUGUAAACUCUUUUAAAAGCAUUGGCUUUGAUUGCAGUUUAAGGUGGGGGACAAUUUUUUUUGAAGUUUCACAUCA